GCCCGAUCGGAUCUAAGCAGCUUGUUCAUCUUCCCCGCACCAUCACUACUGUCAUGCUCAUCCGCCCUCUCCGUCGCCUCCUCACUCGUUCAACUGCCGUUUCACGCUUUCACACGUUCCCAUCAUGCUUAUCUUCGAGGAGAAUACUACAGAACUUCAAGCUUGCUGACAUUGGCGAGGGCAUCACAGAGUGUGAAGUUAUCAAAUGGAAUGUGAAGGAACUUGGCACCAUACAAAGCUUUGAGCCUUUGUGCGAGGUCCAGAGUGACAAAGCUAGCGUCGAAAUCACAAGUCCGUUCGAUGGUGUAGUCAAAGAGAUUCUGGUGAAGGAAGGUGAAGUUGCAAAGGUCGGCCAAGGUCUCUGUGUGAUCGAGGUUGAUGAGGAAUUGUUGGAUAGCGAUAGUGCAGAGCAGAUAGAGCCUGCGUCAUCGGACGCGCCAAUAAUUUCAAACUCCAAGCCUGUGGAAGAUGCUGCCUCUAGAUCCGAACAUAUCACUGAGGAGCCAUCUGCACCCAGAAGACUACACCCUAUGGACCCAAACUACUUACAUCCUUCCACUCCCAAUGUUAACCCCGAGAACGUGCUCGCAAAGCCCUCAGUCCGUCAUUACGCUCGCCAGUCCAAGGUUGACCUUUCACUUCUCUCAGGCAGCGGACGUGACGGACGCAUCGAGAAGAAGGAUAUUGAUGUAUUCCUGUCACAGCAAGCCUCCUCUGUUUCAGUACACUCCGGUUCAGCUGCACCACGAGCACAAGCCGAACAAGACGUAAUUGUCGAGCUUGGGCGGACACGUUAUGGCAUGUGGAAAGCUAUGACCCAUAGUCUUGAGAUUCCACACUUCGGCUACUCGACUUCCCUCGACCUCACAUCUCUCCAUGCUCUCCUCCCAACCCUCGAUUCGCAUAUACCAGAACAUUUUAAUCCCUCCAAAUCAUUAUUACUCCCAAUUAACCCCUCCGCUCUGCAUCCUGCGCCAUCUCAUCCUCCCGUACCAGAAAGUGCCCAAUUCACCCGUCUUACAUACCUCCCCAUACUCUUAAAGACGCUUGCAAAGGCUAUGAUGGCAUGGCCAGUGCUCCGUUCCUCCAUCACGCCAGGUAGUACAAAUGGAGGAGGCAAGCCCACCCUUACCAUCCGCCCGCACGCGGACAUCGCUGUUGCUCUGAGCACCACGACAGGUUUAUACACACCCGUCAUUCCCCAUGCAGAUACGCACAGCAUCUACAGCUUAUCUUCACAACUCAAGCACCUUUCUUUCCUCGGCCGUCAAGUACCAUGCGCACUCACGACAAACGAGAUGCCAAAACGCGGUGCAACGGUCACAAUAUCUAAUGUGGGUGCAAUUGGCGACGGGGAGUACGCGCACCCUGUCUUAGUGCCUGGGGGUGGCGUCGCGAUCGUCGCCAUAGGGAGAGCAAGAUGGGUGUGGGACGUCAGCAAGAGUGACCGUGGGGAGAGGAGGCUUAAGGUUGGUGUGAGCUGGAGUGCGGAUCAUCGUGUGCUAGAGGGUGCCGAGUUGGCUGCGUUUGUGGAGUCCUGGAGAGCAUAUGUGGAGGCACCCGAACGACUUAUCGGAGAAGGAAUAUGAACCGAGUUCAGAUGCUCGAUGGAGGCUGUAUACUUAACGUUAUCUGGGACUUUUAGGCUAUCGCUUUGCAAUCAUGGUCUAGAGCACGCAUAUUGAUAUCACAAUUACAUACAUUGGCGCUCUUC